ACGCCAACUCCUGUACAUGCGCCAUUGAAAACAAACGUAAAAGCGACGGCGGGGGAUUGCGCUCGCUUUGGUUGUAUUCAGAUUUAAACCCCAGUCCAGAUUUCAACAAACGUUUGUCACAUUUAUAAACAAUGGAGACUAUUCUAGAACAACAGCGUCGUUACCACGAAGAGAAAGAGAGGCUAAUGGACGCGAAAACUAAAGAAAUGUUACACAAAAAGUCCACGCUUCGGGAACAAAUUAAUUCUGACCAUCGAAUAAGAGCCAUGUUGGAUAGGUAUAUGGAUGUGAGCGCAAACCUCAGAGACUCCUAUGAAGACAAAGACGGCAUGAGGAGAGACGAACUUGCUGCCAUUUCAGGGCCAAAUGAGUUUGCUGAGUUCUACAACAGACUGAAACAGAUAAAGGAGUUUCACAGAAAGCAUCCGAAUGAGAUUUCCAUUCCAAUGUCUGCAGAGUUUGAAGAGUUGAUGAAAGCCAGAGACAACCCCAGUGAAGAGGCUCAGAACAUGGUGGAUUUCACCGAUGAGGAAGGAUACGGCCGCUACCUGGAUCUCCACGACUGCUACCUGAAGUACAUCAACUUGAAGGGAGUGGAGAAACUGGAGUACAUCACUUACCUGUCUUCAUUCGACCUGCUCUUUGACAUCCCCAAGGACCGGAAGAACGCUGAAUACAGGAAGUACUUGGAGAUGCUGCUGGAGUACCUGCAGGACUACACAGACCGGGUCAAGCCUCUGCUGGACCAGAACGACCUCUAUGGCAAAGUCCUGGUAGACUUUGAGAAGAAGUGGGAUAACGGGACCUUUCAAGGCUGGCCAAAAGAGACGAGUAGUGCUUUGACACAUGCUGGAGCUCAUCUGGACCUUUCAGCUUUUUCCUCUUGGGAGGAGUUGGCGUCUUUGGGGUUGGACAGACUGAAGUCGGCUCUCAUGGCGUUAGGACUGAAAUGUGGAGGGACUCUGGAGGAGAGAGCUCAGAGACUCUUCAGCACUAAAGGCAAAUCCCUGGAAUCACUGGAUCCGUCUCUGUUUGCCAAGAAUCCCAAAGCCAAAGGCCCGAAAAAAGACACGGAGCGGAACAAGGAAAUUGCCUUCCUGGAAGCUCAAGUCUAUGAGUAUGUGGAGAUCCUGGGGGAACAGAGGCAGCUGACUCAUGAGAAUGUGCAGAGGAAGCAGGCUAGGACGGGAGAGGAGCGCGAGGAGGAGGAGGAAGAGCAGCUGAGUGAGAGCGAGAGCGAAGAUGAAGACAACGAGAUCAUCUACAACCCUAAAAACCUGCCGCUGGGCUGGGAUGGAAAGCCGAUCCCAUACUGGCUCUAUAAACUCCACGGUCUGAACAUCAACUACAACUGUGAGAUCUGUGGAAACUACACCUACAGAGGACCCAAAGCCUUCCAGAGACACUUUGCAGAGUGGAGGCACGCUCACGGUAUGCGAUGUCUAGGAAUCCCCAACACGGCUCAUUUUGCUAACGUCACACAGAUCGAGGACGCUGUCUCCUUGUGGGCAAAGCUGAAGUCCCAGAAGGCGUUGGAGCGGUGGAUGCCUGAUACGGAGGAGGAGUAUGAGGACUCGAGUGGGAAUGUGGUCAACAAGAAGACCUACGAGGAUCUGAAGCGACAGGGAUUGUUGUAGAUGGAAAACAUGACGGAUAAUAUGAAAUGAUGUAACUUCUGCGGCGGUUCCUUUAAAUUUGAUUUGGCUCAUCACAGAUUUGCUUGUGUUUUUAUUUGUUAGUAGUAAUGUUGCUUUGCAGAUGGUGUCCCCCUUUCACAACUUUGUAAUGUAAGAUCAUUUAAAUCAUUUAAAUAAACCAGUACUUU